GAAAUCCACUUACGGGUUGCAAGUGGGGUAAAGGUUUUGUGAUGCUGACAUUUCGCUCUCGCCUGGGUACAUUUCUACACUCCUGAACUUAUUCUUAUGCAUCAAUUGCUAUAAUUUUGGCUAUUUUACAUCGACGUUGGGGCAACAUGUCGGUUGCGUCUGCAUCAAGACAGUUUUUUACACGUUUAUUACAAUGUCAAACGAAAUGUGCAAUUCCGUUUCACGCAGCAUCUAGGGUUUUAAUAUCUUCGUACCUGCCCCAGGUCUCAGGCGGUAAUAAGGUGCUACUGGGCAGCUGUGCACAGCCACUCAGCUACUCUAGGUCAGAGGAGAAGGUGACAGUCUAUUUCAUCAACCACGAUGGGCGGAAGAUCACCACUUCAGGUGCCAAGGGCGACAGUCUUCUAGACCUGGUGGUCGACCAAAACCUAGAUAUUGACGGUUUUGGUGCGUGUGAGGGGACCCUGGCCUGUUCCACCUGUCAUGUGAUCCUGGAUCAGAAGGUGUACAACCAGCUGGGGCCCAUCACUGAUGAGGAGAAUGACAUGCUGGACCUGGCCUUUGGCCUCACUGACACGUCUCGUCUGGGUUGCCAGGUCUGCCUAUCCAGAGAUCUGGAGGGCAUAACGGUCCGUGUGCCAGACGGGGUGAACGACAUGCGGCGGUCUGAUGAUGCUGGACCUACACUGUAAAAGCAUCUUGUUGUUUUUACAGUAUUAUUCAAUAAAACUAACAGUAAAGUACUAUAUUAAUGAUAAAUUGCCAUAAAUCGAAAUGCACUGUGGGUGAUUUUAGGCGUGGGUGAUUUUAGGCGUAACUGGUAAAUGAUACCAUAAAAUUCCUAAGAAACUUGGUUUAACAGUACAUUACUGUAAAGAAGUGCUGUAUUUUGAAUGGUACUGUAAUUCCACCCCACGGAAUACUGUACCCUUCCCUGUAGUGGGUUCAUUUGUAUUUGUAUUGUAUUUGUAUAUAUAA